AUGCCAUCAGUGAUAGAUAAAUUUUUAAGUGAUGAUGUAAUUGCCAACCCCGAUCUUUUUCAACAACAAAAGAAAGUGAUUUCCGAUCUGACUGGUCAAACAACCGAUACCAUGGAUGAUGCUAUAGAAAUCUUUAAAUCGUUGCAAGACCUUCUUCAACAAAAAACAGAUAUCGAGGCUGCCAUUUUGAAAACAACUACCCCCGAUAUUGCUAAACUAAUAACGUUAAAAAUGCGAAUCGAGAAUGUACAUGCUCAUACAAUUGGUCUCCAAUCACAAUUCCUCAAAGCAAACUACGAAUGUGUUAACCUCCCAAUCUAUACAGUAUUUGCUUCUCUUCAUUUAUUGUACAUGUAUGACAUUAUCAAUAGAAGUACUUUCUACGGAUUGGAUAAUCCCAUGAAAGCUCACUACCUCAACUUCUACAAGAGAUUCAAAAAGGAUUACUUUUCGAAUAUCUUCAAAGUCUACAGCAAUGGUCAAAACAAAGUGUUGGCCAAAUUCCCAGAGAAACAAUUGGAGAAGUGCAAUUACCAUUUGACAUUCAACAAGUAUCAAGAAUAUAGAAACAACACAAUGCUCAAUGUUUACCAAUAUGUCCAUAUCUUUGCAAACCUAAGGGCCGAUUAUACUGAAUUGGUUGACCGUGGUUUCAACUAUGUCAAUCCAAGACCAUUGUUUUCCAGGAUGGUUGCCAAGACCGUUGCUCCUCUAAUCACCAAAAAACAAGGAACUGCCAACGUUAUCAACCCAGAAGCAAUGGGAUCAUUCAGAAUGGAGUUACCGUUCAUCCUAAAGAAGAUGGAAGAUGGAUUGGCAAAUUUCUAUUUCCAAGAUGUUUGGCGUAUUUGGAUGACCGUUGACGAUGAGAGAAUCAACAGCAUUCAAAGUCAAUACCUUCAAAUGCCAUUGUCUACCGCUCGGCUAUCGGCAGUGACUGGAACCGAAAAAGGUACCAAAGUUAACCUUGUAGGACCACUCAAGAAUCAAUUGAUUUUCAAUGAUAGAGAUGAAGAUGAUGAUGAUAGAAUCAAGUUCAUUGGAUUGGGUGCCGACAACAGAGUUGGUCCAACCAAAUACUUGCCAAAGAGCAUUCCUUCUGAAAAGAUCAUCUUUGAAAAUCACAAGAUCUCACAAGUGGUUGGAAUUAACAGAACACCAUUCAGAACCGUUGCAAAAGAACUAGAUCCAGGUGUCUAUGGUCUCGUUCUGGCAUUCGUUCCAGAUACACUUGAACCAAACUAUAUGGAUGUCACCAAGACCAAUAUCAUUUCGGCAAUGUGUUUGGAUGCUCCACCAACCAACUAUGUACUUCAACAGAAUCACAAUAAUAUUCUUGGAAUGGAUGCAAUUCUUUUGAAAGUAGGUGGAACUGCUCUUUUUAGCUUCAAAUCAAAGAUCCCAUAUGAAUUCACACUUUAUACAGAGUGUUAUGCAGACGCUGAUGCACAGUUCACCUUUUAUAAAGAAGGAGACAAAGCACAAGUCUUCUCAAUACCCGCUGGACAUAGAGUCACCAAAUGUUCAACACAAAUUAUCCAAGCCGAUACUAAACGAUUCCAAUUUAGAGUAAAUAAGGGUCCAAUUAUAUUAAAAUCAAUCUAUCUUAUUCCAAAAUACUUUAAUUAA